AUUCAAAUUUCAAAUUCAAAAUACGUUAUUUUUAAUUGGUCGUUCGUGAAUUAGAAUUCCAAAGAUUUUAAUUUUUAGUAAUUUCAUUUUAUUUUAAUUCGUAAUUCGUCUACGUCAUAAGAGAAACAAUAAAUGGUAUUAAAUGGAAACCCUAAAUAUAUAAAACAAGAAUAAAUUAAUUAUAAACGCUCUACAUUGAUAGUGUAGUGUUACAAGUUAUUGAAGAGAAUGGGCAUCGCUGAUGAAAACUGGGACUAUGAGAUCGAUUUCGAAGAAUGCGUAAAGAGUUCGAACGAUCUUUUUCAAUCAGAAUUGAAUAAUAUAUGCCAAAAUGUGCUUAAAACUAUCGACAAUGGGUUCGUGAAUGUUGAUGUAGACAAAGAUAGCCUGGCUCGAAAUAAUGAUGAUGAGAUCAAGUUAUUGUCUGAAAAAAAUAAAGAUUUAAAACUAGAAAUAGAGACUAAACUUAAAGAAUUAACACAACAACAAGGACAGUAUGAGAACUUCAAACAAGAUCACAAGCUUUUAGAGCAGCAAGUCAAAAAGACCCAUGAAGCAUUUUUAAUGGCGAGGAAACAUCACAAAAAAUGUCUAAAUAUGUAUUAUUCAAUAGAAUCCAAGUCAAAUGAAUCACAGUUAGUGUUCAUCCAGUUUUUCACAGAGCUUAAAAAGAAUAAUGAGAACUAUUCAGUGAAUUUACUGAGGAAUCCACAAACUCGUCAGUAUACAUUGCAAAGUACAAAUCCAACACUGAAGAAUUUCAAAGAACUCCAAAGACAGAUGAAAGAAACUAACGAUGUUCCCGCUGUACUGUGUUGUAUAAGAGAAGCCUUCAAAACGCACAAACUUAGCAAUGCUCACUGAUUAAUAUAAUUCUAUAUUGAUAACUGAUAAAACUGUAAAAGCACAAGUUUAGAACAUUAAAUUAUAAAACAAGAUAUUUUAUAGUUGUUCUAAGCUAACAGGUCGAUUUUGAUAUUUGUCAUGAUCAUGAACUUAGUAUAAACAUACUGACAAUUUAAUUCCAUAGAUAUUAUAAAUAUAUUACUUAAAAACAACAA